AUGGCUACUUACACAACAGCUGCUGUUUAUGAAGUUGGUGAUUCUCAAGUUUUCAACUACAACAACAAGUACCACAAUGUGAUGCAAGUGAGUAGGCAAGAAUAUGAAUCAUGCACAAUUACAGAUCCAAUUGCCACAUUCAAUACUGGCAAAGACUCUAUUACUCUUCCAUCCUCUGGUGAUUACUACUAUGUCUGUGGAAUUCCUGGUCAUUGCCAAAUUGGGCAGAAAUUUCAUAUACAUAUUGUUGGAACAAAUUCACAAGGAAGUGUUGAUAAUCCAUCUCAAACAAGUGUUGUUGCAUCACCCCUUUCUUACAUGUGGUUGAUCUUCAUCAUAAGCAUUCUUGAAUUAUGCUUCUCUCUUAGAAUUUUAGAUUUUGGUUAUUUGUUUCCAUGUUUAGUUGCCAUAUAG